UCCCUAAAAGGCUGGAGUGCCCCACACCCCAUACUCCUGCCGAGGCUGAUGACAUCACCCUGCACUCCCAGUUCCCUGACUGUGCCUUUUGAAUGCAUUGUUAAUGACCUGCCUCAAGUCAGUCCCAGGACACCUGGAGGGGCCAAAGCUUCCUGUUCCCCUAGCCCCUGCCUGGCUCUGGCAUUUGUAGCCAUCUCUUUUUAAUGCUGAAAGCAGUAAAUGAGCAAGCAAGUGUCCCAGGAUAGAGGGCAGUGCUAUUCGUAUUGUCUGCAGCCACUUCAGGGACCAACUUCGUUCUGCCUGUUCUGGGGUGUGGGAGACUUGGGCCUCUGUCCCUUCUUGGUUCAGUCCUAAACGUCACCAGCCAGUGUCUGGUCAGAACAAAAAAUCCAGUAAGUUAGAGGAGUGUGCUGUCAGACGUAAAGAAUUAAAGAAUUACAAGUUUAAAAGACCCAGGGAGUAUUGUAAGCAAAUAAUGGGCUAAAGGACAAAGGUCAUAAUGGUUAGUGUCUACUGUGUCACAGCAUGCCAGGCACCAAGCCUGUUCAAAGUACUGGACGUGGGGAACCCUCCUUUUAUGGAGACAGAAUCUCACUCUGUCACCCUGGGUAGAGUGCUGUAGUGUCAUCAUGGCUCACAGCAAUCUCAAACUCCUGGGCUCUAGUGAUCCUCUUGCCUCAGCCUCCCAAGUAGCUUGGACUAUAGGCACCUGCCAUAACACCCAGCUAGUUUUUGUUUGUUUGUUUGUUUGUUUUUGUUUUCUAUUUUUAGUAAAGACGGGAUCUUGCUCUUGCUCAGCCUGGUCUUGAACUCAUGAACUCAAGCAACCCAUCUGCCUUGGAAUCCUAGAGUGCUGGGAUUACAGAGGAGAAAUGUCGGAAGGAAGGCCAAUCUCCAUGGACCAAUUAAUGGAGCCCUUCUCAUUUGAGCAGCUCCUGGAACCUCUGACAAUGGAGGUUCUUGGCGUGACCGAGCCCAACCCCAUGGAGUGCCUGGAAGACAGUGACCUGGUGGCCCUGCGUCUAGCUUGCAUUGGGGAUGAGAUGGACCUGCAUCUCAGGAGCCCCCGACUAGCCCAGCUGUCCAGGAUGACCAUGCACAGCCUGGGUCUAUCCUACAACCAGACCGACGGUCAGGGCGUCCUCGGAAGUGUUAUUGGCGGUUUCACCAACCUCAGGGAGAAAAUAGCAGGGUUCUGGAGAUCCUUGAGCCCCGGGCGCUGGGUGCUGCUGCUGCUGCUGCUCCUGGUGCUGCUGCUGGGGGCGGGCCUGCACCUGCUGCUCAAGUGAGGCCCCUGCAGCCUGGGGUGGGGCUGGACCCCCCCCCUUCCCCGACCACUGCCCUGGAGGUGGUGGCUGCUGUGGUUUCUUUGUCUUUUUAAAUACAGUUUUUUGAUCUCUUUUUAUAUUUAAACUCAGAGAUAGUGCUGGGACACUGCUGAAGUUUUGUACUCAGUUUAUGUUUUUUUUUCCAGAUUUUGUUUUUUGUAAGACAAAUGAAUUUGUUAUACCUCUGGGCUUAUGAGGCAGCUCUGCUGGGCCUGCUCUCCUGACCUUGACCUAGCCCAGGAGGCAUCCUGUCCCCAAGAGGAGGCCUUCCUGUGCUGCUGAUUGGUCAUGCAGCAGGCAGCGGGGGGAGUGCUGGUCACACCCCCGUGUCUGUGAUGCCCCCACCGGAGAAUAUA